AUGAACCGCACCAAGCUUCAGAUCGACGUACAACGUGCUUUACGGUCUCGCUCAACCGAUCGCUCGAAGAGGGCAGUUUUCGCGUCAAAGGACGCGCUACACUACCGCUACAAGGGGCAGCAAUUCUCCGAUCUGGAUUUCCCAACUUUCAUCGAUCUUUUUGUUGCGCUUCCGGGUCCGCAGCUCUCGACAGUAGCCAAGAUCCCCGAAGUCAUUCAACCACGCAGCAGCCCCAGGGUUAUUUUCGAGGAUGGCUGGCUGCGUCUGUAUCGAGAUGGCUGGGACACAGAUCCUGUCUUGGCUGCCCUGGUUUUGAUUGGUUUGCCGACCCAACUCAAAUGUGAUUACACCAUUAUCCUAACAAGAGUAGAAGCAGCUCACUCUGCAUUGAAGUCGGCGCUCAACGCACUAGAACUACCGCCCUUGGAAGUCAUCAAGGCAUGCGACGAACAUGUCACUUGGGUGAAGAGAGCCUUGUGCAAGCCUCAUCCAGCCGCGACCCAGCCCUCCCCCACGACUCGAUCUUCGCAUAACACCCACAGAGACCAAUGCCGCCCGGAGAAGAGAACAUUGAGCAAGAUGGACAUCCCAAGUGAUAUCGAGAACCCAGAAACGCCAACCCCGGUUCAAAAAAGCCACGAUGACUCCGUCACGUCUAGUGGGUUCAUGGACAGCCUAGGUUCGCAUGAAUAUGGGGACAUUAACAAACCCCUUUUCACCAUCGAUUCAGGCACACAAGCGGAUUUAUCAGGCUCUGGUACAGGUUGUGGCAUCGGUAGCACCUCACAAUCGCUACCCAGCAACAUCCUUGCUUCAAACCUGGAGACGUUGUUCACAUCCAGAACCAUUGAGCCCAACAUCAAUCCGGCAGUGCUCCAGCCAAUUGAGACUGACGCUAGUGAUCGGAUCAAGCAGCAGACAUGGUCGUCUCAUAGCGACUCGGAGAUAAAAACGAAAUCAAUUAUUGCACCCUCUGGGACCACAAGCACAACAUCUUUGGUGACGUGGACACAAGUCCCUGGUGACAGUGGCACUUCCUCCAUAUUUGAUGCAUCGCGGACUUUUGGAUUCUCGGCCCCUGAGCUCUGA